GCUUUUAUACAUGAAGCUUAAUGGUUAAAUAACUUACUGCAGUACAACACACUUUAUUUGAUAUUACACAGCUCUAACUGUGGACUGUGGACCUUCCAGGACAUAUAACACAGCAGGUGGGAGUACUCAUACUGACUCAUACUGUCAACCUCUGUACUGACUUUUAUACUGUUUUACUUGGGUAAACCAAGAGCGCUUUUCCACCAUUGCGCAAAACCGUUUUAACCACGGUUGGAACGGUUACAGUUAUCCAAGUGAGCCUGGUUCGACACGGCACGAUUACAAACUGGUUUACAAACUCGGCUCUGAUUUUUUGGCACGGUUGUCUAACCGUGCUGAAUCGUGCUAAUAGAAUGCAUGCAGAGACGUUAUAGCUCCAUCUCUUGUGUUACCAAGGCAGCGCGUGUCGCGUUUGUGUUUACAUUAUAAAGAUUUUCGUUAUCAGCCCUGCAGUGGAAAAUGAAACAUUUUAAGUACCGGCUGGGCCAGAUCGGCACGGAGUGGAACGAUUAAGCAACCAGAACGAUUCUGUGCGAUGGGGCAAAAGUGCUCCAAGUCCAUGUUGUAACGAGCUUUAUUUGAAUAUGACACUCAAUGUUGUUUGGUUACCAAUGUUCUUCAAAUAUCUUCUUUUGUGUUCUGUAGAAGAAAGAAAGUUUCGGAAUGUUUGGGGUUUGGAAUGACACAAGGGUGUGUAAAGGAUGAAGUUUUCUUUUUGGGUGAACUUUCCCUUAAGGUUGUUUGUUAACUUUCCAUCCAUAGCUGCAGAAGGUGUGUGACGUGGGCCAGUGCAAUGGAAGCCUCUGAGAUUGAAGGGCGCACUUUUAUGGAGGUGAUCAGUGAAAAAUACAGCCCAGAGAACUUCCCGUGCCGUCGAGGUCCAGGCAUGGGGGUGGUGGUUGUGCCAUCAGGGCAACAAGGAUCACCAAUGAAAGACCGUCUGAACCUUCCCAGUGUGUUGGUCAUGAACGGCUGUGGAAUCAGUCACGCGGGGCAUGAGGGAGAAAUCGCUGCCUUCUGUGCUCACGUGGUAGAACUUGAUUUGUCCCACAACAAGCUCCAGGACUGGCAUGAAAUCACCAAAAUUGUUUCUAACAUCCCAAACCUGGAGUUCCUGAACCUCGCCUCUAACCAGCUGAGUGAUGCAGUCCUGGAGCCAGACUGUGCUAAGGCCUUCUCCAGCAUCCGGCGUCUAGUUCUUAACAAUACUCAAGUGUCCUGGGACACAGUGCACACGUUCACACGAGAGAUGCCUGAGUUAGAGGAAUUGUUCCUGUGCCUUAAUGAGUACACCACUGUGACACCUUUCCCCAUGCCCUGCUCCACACUGCGUCUGCUCCACAUCACAGACAACAGCCUACAGGAGUGGAACGAGGUGCGAAAAUUGGGCUCCAUGUUCCCUGCUCUGGACACUCUAAUCAUGGCCAACAAUAAUCUGAGCUCCAUUGACGACACGGGAGAAAUCCUUCUCCGGCUCUUUCCUAACCUACGAACCAUCAAUCUGCAUAACUCAGGGCUUAAUCAGUGGGAGGACAUCGAGAAGCUAAACUGUCUGCCCAAACUGGAAGAGGUGAGGUUGCAAGGUAUUCCUCUGCUGCAGGCCUACACAAGCGCAGAGCGUCGCAGUUUAGUGAUAGCCCAGCUCCCGUCAGUGACCUGCCUGAAUGGGAGUGUCGUGACUGACGGAGAGAGAGAAGACGCUGAGAGAUUCUUUAUCCGUUAUCAUUUAGAUCAUUCAGAGAAAGAUCUGCCCCACAGGUAUCACUGCUUGGUGACCAAGUACGGGAAACUUGCUCCUCUGGCUGAGAUCGACCUGCGUCCACGUUGCCAUGCAAAGGUAGAGGUGCGUUAUGAAGACAAAGUGGAGCAGGUGAACAUCCGGCUAGACCAGACUGUGGCAGAGCUGAAGAAACAGCUAAAGAAUGUAGUGCAGCUCUCCACAAGCAACAUGCGCCUUUAUUACAUCGACAAGUGCUCUGCCUUUGGGCCAGAUGAGUUGAAAUACAGCGCGCGAGCUUUGCACUCUUAUAGCAUUCAAGAUGGGGACGAGAUCCUGGUGGUGGCCAAAAAAAAGUAGCUGUUGUGCCCCAGGAUUGUGAUUUCUGUAUUUAAAUGACCAAAUACUCUUUGAACUAGUGCCGUCUGGGCUCCACCGGUUGAUUUUCAGGGAACAAAUACGGGCUCAUCAGAUUUGCGGGGGACGAUUCAAGGACGAUUCAAGCGGCACUUCUCAUUUCACGUCACUACACAGUCACCAGAAACACCAUGACUCGUGUGCACUUUUAUUUCGGUUUAAUAAUGGUUUCCCGUCCGUCGCUGAAUUUUUGUUUCUUUGAGAAUAAAGCACAGAAGAGGGCUCUGGUAGCCUACAAUGUGCAUUUCGAUCAAGACAAUCACCUAUAGAUUAAAUCCACUGACUGAAAUAUCAAACUGAAUGAAAAUAUUGCACUGCACUGGGGUCUUAAAAAGAAGUCAUGGAUAUGUCCAUUGCCUGCUGAUGUGUGCCAUACGCUGUGUCAGCCAUUAAAUACGUGUCUCAGGCCUUAUAUAUCUUAUGGGUACUGCUCGCUUCACUUAAGUAAAGAUUUGGCAAGGAUCUCAUUCACAGUCCAGUUCAUUAGAUCUAUGUUUAUAAUCUGGUUGAUACCAGAAGAAAAUUGCAGUGUUGCAUGCUUUGUUUUUCCUUAUGAUUUUUUUAAAGAAACAUUUAUAUGUGCAGUAUUUUUAUUUAUUGAUUCACUGAGUGGUGUUCAAAAUAAGACAAAACAAACCAGUAGCAAAUCAGUUACGGUGUAUGACUGUAUUCAGCUAGUAUAGCAUAACCAGGGGUUGUGGCUCCUGUGUUAAUUAUUUAAGACCUUAUCGACUUGACUUGAAUUGAAUUGUAUGUUAAAAUGAGCAAUGCCAGACUGUGCAGAAUAUGUCAGGUGUCAGACAGAAUACUGAUUAAAAGGACCAGCAAAUUAUUUAUUUUGUUUAUUUCUGUGAUCAGAGAGACCCUCACAUUUUCUUGUCAUGCCUGGGUCACCAAUAUCCACCAGGUUUAGCAUCUGGAACUGGCUAAAACAAGAAGUUAUUGCAGUCAAAAUUAUUGAAAAAGGCCUGUUCACGCGAUGUAACAUGAUUUCUGACAAGAAGGAUUUUGUGAUUUAAAAAGUACUGUUAGUAAAUUUAAUUGUUUUUAUGUGCUGAAUACCAAUAUACUGUAUACUGUAGUGUAAACUUAGAUUUUACUGUGAAUGUUUUAAGUGCUCUGUAACAAACUAAAGGCUAAAAUAUUUAAAAUUAAGAAAUACCUGGACGAAAUCUAAAUGAUGUUGCUGUCGUUUUCAGAUUUUGGCUUUUUCUCUUUUUAUUAAUCAAGACUUAUAACCAAAUGGUGAAAUGAGUAGAUAGUCAGAGAUUUAUCAGUGGCUUAUACAUGCAUAACUUGUAUAGCUACAAAAAUAGAAAGUAAAUUAUAACACAAUCACUACCUGAAUUAGAGUAGUUCUGUUUGGUUUUAAAUACCUUGUAUUUGCACUAGGUUAAAAUUAUUGUUUCACUAGGAAAAGAAAGAUUGUCAGAUAUACUGUAUAUGAUAUAUAAAGUAAUGGAUAUAACCCUCUAUGCCUUUUACAUACAUUCCUUUUGCCUUCACCUGCUACCCUUGGUCUGACAUUAAAGCAGUAUGAAGCUUUGAAAAUUCCCUUUUAGACUAUCAAUAUUUUAUGUUCUGUACCCACACAGGACAUGCUACUGAUAAUAGCAUUUCACUUUUGCAUAAUUAUUUCAUGAUUUUGGAAAAUAUGUGCAUUAUUAAUAUUCUUUAUGAAUUUUAGUAUCUUGAAGGUGAUGUCACUGACAUUUCUUUUUUUUUUUUUUGAUGCGAUUUAAUUGUUUUUUUAAUCAUCUGAAAUGUACUCGUUUUCAUCUUUCCCAAAUAUUUUUUAUGUCUGUUUGUGAGAAUGUAUUAUAUUGUUAAAAAAUAUAUAUUUCUCGUUCUAUCUUUCCUCUCUGUUUUACAUUCUCACUACAUUUGCUGUCCUAAUGUUUAUUUGGGUGACACUAUCAUGAUGGGCGUGUGAAAAGGCUUUUAAACAUUAGAUGGAUGAUAAAUGUGAGAGUCAUUUAUGGAAUGGAUGUGUUAUGCCUGUUAUUGUAAUGAUCACUGAAAUACUUGACAGUUGCACACAGUCACACCAUUAAUGUGUUACAAUUUUAAAAUCAUAUUUGACUGUUUUAUGCCAUUGUUUUGCCAACAUGUGUGCUGAUGUGUAUCAGUUGAACGGAGUGGCUCGAAAGGACAAUAAACUUUUAUUGAUGGUCAUGA